AUGUUUCAGACGAAGUGGAUCCUGGUUCCGGUGCUGGUCCUCCAGCUGCUGGCCUGCCGCGCCGAGUUCUACAGCUCCACCUCGGGUCUGGAACAGCUUUUCAGCACGGAGGUCGCGCUGCUGGAAGAACUCCAAAACUACGUAGACGAAAUCACUCAGCAUGCAGAGGCUCUACAGAGCGAGAUCGAUGCCAUACGAGUGGAGCACCUGAGCGCCAUGGACAGCAUUGGGGGCUACCUCAACAACCCGGUGAAUGCCUUCCGGCUGAUCAAGCGCCUGCACAGCGACUGGGAGACCUUCGAGAGUAGUGUGAAGGGGGACACGAGUCGCGCCGACUACCUCGAGGCCAUGGCUGUGCUGAAGGAGAACCUAAGCUAUCCCUCACAGGACGAUUUCGUGGGUUCCGCCAUAGCCCUGACACGACUCCAGCAGACCUACCAACUGGAUGUGGCAGAACUGGCCAGUGGAAUGCUGAAUGGAGUCAAAUACGGCACUGCCAUGUCCUGGCAGGACUGCUUCGUACUGGGACAGCACCUGUACGCUUUGAGAGACUACAACCACACGGUGCCGUGGCUGCAGAAGUCAAUGCAGCUGCUGGGAGAGCAGAGCUACGGAGAGGAGCCUGCCUCGCUGGACUUCAUGGAGGCAGUGGUUGGAUAUCACCAGCAGAUGGGCGACCACGAGAACGCCCUCAAUCUGAUCAAUCACGUCCUUGCGAUUGAGCCAGAGGAGCGCCGUCAUCUAUUGGAGACCCGCACGCAGCUGGAGGAUCUCAUCACGGAUGGGGUGAAACAGGGACUCCUCCACACGACUGCCCGCCGGCCAGGAGACUACCACAGCUCCCGGGAGUUCCGCAUGUACGAGCAGGUGUGCCGCGGGGAACUUACUCCCUCCCCCACCGCACAGAGACAUCUUCGCUGCCGCCUGCAAAGGAGGCGCUUCGACUACGCUCCCUUCAAGCUGGAGGAGCUGCAUGCAGAUCCUCCCAUUGUGCAGGUGCACGACAUGGUCAGCCAGCGGGAGUCAUUGUUCCUCCAAAACGCGGCCCGACCUCGCAUCCAGCGAUCCACCGUGUACAACCAGGCGGGCGCCGGAACCACUGCUGCGGCAUUCCGCACCAGCCAGGGCGCCUCCUUCAACUACUCGCAAUACGCGACCACCCAGCGGCUAAGCCAGCACGUGGCAGAUCUCUCCGGCCUGGACAUGGACUAUGCCGAAAACCUGCAGAUCGCCAACUACGGCAUCGGCGGCCACUACGAGCCGCACUGGGACAGCUUUCCCGAGCAUCACGAGUACCCCGAGGAUGAUCUCUACGGCAAUCGCCUGGCCACGGCCAUCUACUACCUCUCCGAUGUGGUGGCUGGCGGUGGAACUGCCUUUCCCUUCCUGCCCCUGCUGGUGACUCCAGAGCGGGGCAGUCUUCUGUUCUGGUACAACCUGCAUCCGUCUGGGGACCAGGACUUCCGCACGAAGCAUGCCGCCUGCCCUGUUCUUCAGGGCAGCAAGUGGAUUGCCAAUGUGUGGAUCCGCGAGCGCAAUCAGGAUCGUGUGCGGCCCUGCGAUCUUCAGCGGAAUCACCUCGCCUCUUUACACUUCAAAAACUUUGACUGAAAGCCACUAAAGCACUCAUUAAAAUAA